AUGGCGAGCACUUUGACAGUUUUCUUACUCAUCAGCUCGGCGAGUAGUCUUUUUGCCGAAGAAUCGGGUCUGCUCGUUAGCACUCGGGUAGGAAAUGUUGAAGGUUUCUACAAAACUAGUAGCCGCGGCCGCAGUUACAGAGCAUUUGAGGGGAUUCCAUAUGCCCAACCGCCAGUGCAUAGCUUGAGAUUUGAGCCGCCGCAACCCUUCGGUUCCUGGGAGGGCACUUUGAAGGCAACCAAGCCUAAGAGCAUGUGCACACAGUACGUGCUUGGGGCAGGGUAUCCUGGAAAAGUAGUGGGAAAUGAGGACUGUUUAUACCUAAACAUCUAUACUCCUCUCUCAAAUGAAACGAAAAAGGGAUCCCGACUACUUCCAGUGUUUUUCUGGAUUCACGGGGGAGCAUUCCAAUUCUUGGACGGUCAUUCUCAGGGGUCAUCGUACAUUAUGAAUCGAGACUUGAUCUACGUGACUUUCAAUUAUCGUUUGGGCAUUUUAGGAUUUAUGAGCACUGAAGAUGCAAUUGUGCCUGGCAACAUGGGCCUGAAGGACCAGAAUCUAGCCCUUCGAUGGAUCCACGACAACAUUAUGUCCUUUGGUGGCGAUCCCGCACGGAUCACUAUCGCUGGUGGAAGUGCUGGGGGUGUCAGUGCUCAUUACCACUAUUUGAGCCCCAAGAGUUCUGGCCUUUUUAGAGGUGGAAUGUCAUUCAGUGGCACUACCCUCAAUUGUUGGGCACAGACUGAAGAGAGUGCUGCGAAGGCGAGGAAACUGGCAUCUUUACAGGGAUGCCCAACGAAUAACACUAGAGACAUGGUGGAGUGCUUGAAAUCUCGACCUGCAACGGGCAUAGUUGCAUUGACCCAACAAUUUCAGCCAUGGUUGAUGAAUCCCUUCACCCCAUUUGGUCCAGUGGUGGAGAAAAACUCGACAGAUCCGUUCAUCGAUCGAUCACCUGUGGAGAUCAUCGACAGCGGAAGUGCUGCCCCUGUCCCCUGGGUAACGAGCGUCGUCUCCGAGGAGGGACUCUUCCCUGCCGUGGAAUUCGUCGAGAACGAGGGAUUAAUGGCAGAGUUGGAUGAAAAAUGGGAGGAACUCGCGCCUCAUUUACUCGACUUCAACUUCACUAUCCCAAAGUCCCGACAUGCUGAAGUCGCUGCCGCCAUCAGAGAACAUUACUUAGGCAGUGAUAGAGUUGAAAGAGCGACUGCCGAACGUCUCAUUCACAUGAUUGGGGAUCGGCUGUUUACGGCAGAUGCUGCGAACGCUGCUAUGCUGAUGGCCAAAAACACUUACAGUCCCAUUAGGUUCUAUUACUAUAGUUACAGGAAUACAUUCAGCUUGACUGACAUGUUUAAUGUAACUGGAAACUUCGGUGUGAGUCACGGCGAUGACUACAAUCUAAUCAUCACUAACCCUCGAUUACCAGUGGUUACGGAUGAACCAACUUUGAAUGUGCAAAAUACUCUACUGGAUAUUAUAGAAUCCUUCAUGAAGUGGGGAACACCCCCGCCUGAAAUCCACUGGCCCACGGUAGACCCAUCACAAGAGUAUUUCAAUUAUCUCCACAUUUUGGGGCCUGGAAAAUUGAAAGCUAUGUCGAGCUUAAAUUUCGCUGAAAGAAAAUUCUGGUCGUCGCUGGAUUUUGAUGAGAAUAAACUGCAAAACGUGUGAAACUCAGAAUUUUUCUAUUUUUUUUAUACCGACGAUAAUAUCAGUAGCGA